CGGAGGCACCGGAGCCCCGGGUCACGUGGCCGCAGGCGGAGAUGGGCGGGGCGUGGGACGUGCUGCCGCGUCCUCGCUGGCUUACAGGGCGGCGGCGGGGCGUGUGUCGUCUGUUAAGAGUGCUGCUCGCCCAGGGUUGAUCUGUGCAUGCCACUCCUGGGUCAGACGGUGAGGUCGGCGUCUGCGAGGACGCGGCGGUGGAGAAGGGCGACCGGAGACAGGCCGGGCGCCCCUUCGGAGGCUAAACGGCCCCGGCUUCGCGGGAAUCAUGGCAUCGCUGGUGGACCGAAUGCGGGGCCACGGGCGAAUCGCCGCCGGGCUCCUGUUCAACCUGCUGGUGUCCAUCUGCAUUGUGUUCCUCAACAAAUGGAUUUAUGUGCACCACGGCUUCCCCAACAUGAGCCUGACCCUGGUGCACUUCGUAGUCACCUGGCUGGGCUUGUAUAUCUGCCAGAAGCUGGACAUCUUUGCCCCCAAAAGUCUGCCGCCCUCCAAGCUCCUCCUCCUGGCCCUCAGCUUCUGUGGCUUUGUGGUCUUCACUAACCUUUCCUUGCAGAACAACACUAUAGGCACCUAUCAGCUGGCCAAGGCCAUGACCACGCCGGUGAUCAUAGCCAUCCAGACCUUCUGCUACCAGAAAACCUUCUCCACCAGAAUCCAGCUCACGUUGAUUCCUAUAACUUUAGGUGUAAUCCUAAAUUCUUAUUACGAUGUGAAGUUUAAUUUCCUUGGAAUGGUGUUUGCUGCUCUUGGUGUUUUAGUUACAUCCCUUUAUCAAGUGUGGGUAGGAGCCAAACAGCAUGAAUUACAAGUGAACUCAAUGCAGCUGCUGUACUACCAGGCUCCAAUGUCAUCUGCCAUGUUGCUGGUCGCUGUGCCCUUCUUUGAGCCGGUGUUUGGAGAAGGAGGAAUAUUUGGUCCCUGGUCAGUUUCUGCUUUGCUUAUGGUGCUGCUAUCUGGAGUAAUAGCUUUCAUGGUGAACUUAUCAAUUUAUUGGAUCAUUGGGAACACUUCACCUGUCACCUAUAACAUGUUUGGACACUUCAAGUUCUGCAUUACUUUAUUUGGAGGAUACGUUUUAUUUAAGGAUCCACUGUCCAUUAAUCAGGCUCUUGGCAUUUUAUGUACAUUAUUUGGCAUUCUCGCCUAUACCCACUUUAAGCUCAGUGAACAGGAAGGAAGUAAGAGUAAACUGGCACAACGUCCUUAAUUGGGUUUUUGUGGAGAAAAGAAUGUUGUCCCAAGAAGAUAAAAAAUACGGUUAAGUGUGCAAGUUACUAAAAAAAAAAAAAAAUUGGGGCCGGGUGCGGUGGCUCAUGCCUGUAAUCCCAGCACUUUGGGAGGCCAAGGCCAGUGGAUUACCUGAGGUCAGGAGUUCGAGACCAGCCUGACCAACAUGGAGAAACUCCGUCUCAACUAAUAAUACAAAAUUAGCCAGGCGUGGUGGCGGGUGCCUGUAAUCCCAGCUACUCAGGAGGCUGAGGCAGGAGAAUCGCUUGAACCCGGGAGGCGGAGGUUGCGGUGAGCCAAGAUCGUACCAUUGCACUCCAGCCUGGGCAACAAGAGCGAAACUCCGUUUCAAAAAAAUUUGUGACUGAUUCAAUGAUUGAAUGAUUUGUCGGAAUUAACACAAAGGAAAUUUUAUUCAUAUAAUGACUUUUUUUAAAGUGUCUCUUUAAAAAAACUUAAUUAUCUAAAACCAAAAUGGUUCAUGCUUCUUUUUAAAAAUGAUUGUAUGAAAUGUAUGGGAUGGUUGGCCGGGUGUGCUGGUGCACACCUGUAAUCCCAGCUACUUGGGAGGCUGAGACAUGAGAAUCGCUUGAGCCUGGGAGGCGGAGCUUGCAGUGGGCCGAGAUAGCACCACAGCACUCCAGCCUGGGCAACAGAGCAAGACUGUCUCUCUCUCU